CAGCACCCCGCGCCCUCGCCGGAUCCUCCGCCGAGGGGAUCCGAGCAAGCCGGUUGUCGCCAUGGCGUUCGCAAGCUGGUGGUACAAGACGCAUGUCAAUGAAAAAACCAGUGGAUCACCUUCCAAACCAGGAGAAAAGAAAGGAUCAGAUGAGAAAAAAGCAGCAAGUCCUGGGAGCAGUCAACCAUCCAGAACCCAGGCGGCUGGAACAGCCUCAGCCACCAAGGCGUCAGCUUCCUCUGGUGCAACCAGCAAGUCUUCCAGGAUGAAUCCCACAGAAACCAAGGCUGUAAAAACAGAAUCUGAGAAGAAGUCACCAUCAACUAAGCCAUCUGUGGUUCAUGAGAAAAAAUCCCAAGAAGGAAAGCCAAAAGAACACAAAGAGCCAAAAAGCCUACCCAAGCAUGCAACAGAGACAGGAAGUAAGCACGCUCAUAGUGAAAAAGCAGUUUCCAGGUCAAGUGAGCAGCUGACAUCAGAGAAAUCAACAGAACCAAAGACCAAAUCACAAGACACGAUUUCUGCUGGUGCAAAGAGUGUUGCUGCUGGUGUAGCUGUAACUUCUGGCAAACCAGAUGACAAGAAAAAAGAAAAGAAAUCAUCAGCACCAGCUGUACCAGUUGAAUCCAAACCAGACAAACCAUCUGGAAAGUCAGACAUGGAAGCUGCUUUGGAUGACUUAGUAGACACUUUAGGAGAACCUGAAGAAACUACAGUAGAUAAUGCCACAUAUACUGGACCAGAAGUUUCAGAUCCAAUGUUUUCUACCUACAUAGAGGAACUGGGUAAAAGAGAAGUCACAAUUCCUCCAAAAUAUAGGGAACUUCUAGCUAAAAAAGAAGGGAUCACGGGACCUCCUCCAGACUCUUCGACACCCAUGGGGCCCGACGAUGCUAUAGACAGCUUGUCAUCUGACUUUACCUGUAGUUCCCCUACUGCUGGUGGAAAGAAAACUGAGAAAGAGAAAUCUACAGGAGAGGUUUUAAAAGCUCAGUCGGCUGGGGUAAUAAGAAGUGCUGCUCCACCCCAGGAGAAGAAAAGAAAGGUGGAAGAGGAUACGAUGAGCGAUCAAGCACUCGAGGCUCUGUCAGCCUCACUGGGCACCCGGAAACCAGAACCUGAGCUUGACCUCAGCUCUGUUAAGGAAGUCGAUGAGGCAAAAGCUAAAGAAUUAAAACUAGAGAAGUGCGGUGAGGAUGAUGAAACAGUCCCGGCUGAGUACAGACUGAAACCAGCCACGGAUAAAGAUGGAAAACCACUAUUGCCGGAGCCUGAAGAAAAGUCCAAGCCCCUGAGUGAAUCAGAACUCAUUGAUGAACUUGCAGAAGAUUUUGACCCGUCUGAAUGUAAAGAAAAACAAUCUAAGCCAACUAAAAAAACAGAAGAAUCUAAGGCUGCUGCCCCAACUCCCGUGGCAGAGGCUGUGCCUCGGACCUCCAUGUGUACUAUACAGUCAGCUCCCCCCAAGCCAGCCACCGCGAAGGGCAUGGUGCCAGAUGAUGCUGUAGAAGCCUUGGCUGGUAGCCUGGGGAAAAAGGAAGCAGAUCCAGAAGAUGGAAAACCCAUGCUGGAUAAAAUGAAGGAAAAAGCCAAAGAAGAAGACCGUGAAAAACUUGGUGAAAAAGAAGAAACAAUUCCUCCUGAUUAUAGAUUAGAAGAGAUCAAGGAUAAAGAUGGAAAACCACUCCUGCCGAAAGAGUCCAAGGAACUUUCACCCUUGGGUGAAGACUUGCUUCUUGCUGCUUUGUCUGAGGACUUCUCCACAACCCCGAAAGAUUCAUCUCUUAAAUUCGAAGAUGCUAAACUUUCUGCUGCCAUCUCUGAAGUGGUUUCUCAAACCCCAGCUUCAACCACCUACUCUGAAGGCCCACCCCCUGCCACUGCACAGGAUGACAGAGACCUUGAUGAUGCCUUGGAUAAACUUUCUGACAGUCUAGGGCAAAGGCAGCCUGACCCGGAUGAGAACAAACCAGUGGAGGAUAAAGUAAAGGAAAAAGCCAAAGCUGAACACAGAGACAAACUUGGAGAAAGAGAUGACACUAUCCCACCUGAAUACAGACAUCUCCUAGAUAAUGAUGGGCAGGACAAACCAGUGAAACCACCUACAAAGAAAUCGAAGGAAUCAGAGAAACCUGCAGAUGACCAAGACCCCAUCGAUACUCUCUCGGGAGAUUUGGACAGCUGUCCCUCAACUACAGGAACCUCACAGCACACAGAAAAGCAUAAGAGCAAGAAGACUGCUUCCAGUUCCAAAGCACCCAAGAACGGAGGUAAAGCAAAGGAUCCAGCAAAGACAACAGAGGAAACUUCCAAGCCACAAACUGGAGAAAAAAAUACAAGUUAAAGUUUACACUCUUUGGUAUCUGCAUAUAAAAUCUUCUGCUGGUGGAUGGUGACUUUUGAAGAACAAAAGACUUUGGCAAGAGAAAAUUUUUCUGGGUGGCUUCUAGACAGUGGUAUUUGUUGAGUCCUUUGACAUUCUAAACUUUGGUUGUUAUUCUUUUCCAGAAAGAAAUGAAUUUGUCUGGUUCACCUGUGUUAUACUGAGUAUUGAUAAACUUUGAAUUUUUUAAAAAUUGCCUUUAGUUGGGAAAGGAAGCUUUAUAUUUGUAAGAAAUAUAUUUGAUAACAUUUCUUAAAGCAACACCAAAAAAAGAAAAAUUUUGCAAACUUUUGCACAUUCUACACACAGUGCCUGUAAAUCUUAUUAGCGUUUUCAGUUUGCACUUAAUCUUUUUUGUUAGCAUUUGGAAAACAAUGUUUUAAACAUUCUUCAACCUUCUAAUUUCUUGUUACCCACUUUCCUCGGGCUUUUGAACUGUAUUUGAUGUUUCUUUGGGUUAAUGUUUGUACAUCAAACAUAAAAUAUUGUACAUUGGGCCUACACCUCCUCUUGAGCUGCUAAUAAUAAAUUAAUAGUAGAUCACGACAAACCAGGAAGCACCCGAACCCCUUUUCAGUUUGGACUCCUCUCUGCCAGAAGUGAAGACUUCUGCACCUCACAGUCGGCACAAAACACACUGAGACUUGAAUCAAGUCAGCAGAAAAGCAGAAUGCAAGCUAGAUAAGUCACUGUACAGCAAGUUUUGAGAAUAAAAAAAUCUAAUUCUUAGAGUAUUCAUAUGGUUUGAACUCUGGUGGUUUACGACGUUAUUAAACUGUGCUCUCUACUCUCUGUGCAUAAAAUCUGAGCAGCAAUUAUUUGCUUAGAGCCAUCGCCACAUUAGUCUUUGCACUGUAUAGGAUCUGGCUUUAUGGAAAUUAAUUUACCAAAUAUGAAAACAAACUUUUGCUUUAAAAAAACCCUGAAAUUUAAAAUCUCCUUUUCCCCCGUGGCAAUUUAAGAACUAAGCUCUGAUGUCGUACAACUUUGAAUGGUUUCUCAGAUCUUUCUGAAUGAAUAGUUUAUGAAUGUUGUACUCAUGUCAUGAAAGAAUUUGAUAAAUAUUUAAUUUCAUCUUCAUUUCCUGGUAGUGGACGUAGGGAAAGAUGUCAGGUACGUAUCAUAGAACAGAUUUGGAAUUUGUUUUUAGAUAGCAUGGCCUUCCUUGGAACAGUUUAAAGCUUUUGUUAGAAUUUAACUGACUUCACUAAAAAUAUCAUCACCAAUGCUGUUUAAUGGGGCAAGCAGAAAUAACAACACUGCUUCCAACACUGCUUUUAAUGGGGAUAAAUUUUGUUACUACUCCCUAAAAAUACUCUCUGAAAAUCAUGCACAUACCUAUGGGACUUCAAACUCCACCUACUUAAAAUGCUGUGUCUUUGUCCCAUCAGAGAUAUAGUGAUUAUUCUAUUUUCAAGGCAGUAACAAGAAAAGGAAAAACACUUUUCCUGAAGGAUUUUAACUAUAUAUCUAAUUCUCUCAUUUGGGCGGUAUAGAUGUUUGCUUUGCUUAAAAAAAGAAAAAAGACUGAAACCUUUGACGGUGACAGAUGUGUUUGCAAGGGUAUGGCUGAAGUAUUACUAAUUUCCAUGCAUAUAUAGAAGUAUUUUUAAAUGACAUACCAAAAUCCAGAUUUAAGAAUGCCUGUAAAUAAAUGUUUAAGGGACUCUGAAUUUGCCUUCUUUUUUUAUUAGAAAUAUCGAGACUUGGGUGUUUGCGAAUAACUAAUGAUGAAUUGACUUGAGUAAGCUACAGGAUCUCAGUCCUUUUUUUACCCAUAUAAUUAGGAGAAAAUAAUUGCAAAUGUCUGCUUAGAGGUGAAGAGCAAUUUAUUACCAAAAAGAUUUCUACACGUUGUGGCAAUAUUGUAUCUGUUUAGAAAAUGGGCUUUUCCAAAAGCGGAUGAAGACAGGAUUCUCAGGUGACCAAAAACUGACAAUAUUUCCAUGUUUCAUUAAUCAAGAUAUAAAAUAUAAUUAAAGCAAAAUAUUUUACAUUAAAA